AUAUUCUCUGUUUGCGGUAGUAAAUCACGUAGGCAACUUAGAUGCUGGUCACUAUACAGCAUAUGUGCGUCAGCACCGUGACCAGUGGUACAAAUGUGAUGAUCACAUGAUAACUCGAGCAACCAUCCAGGAUGUGCUUCAGAGUGAAGGAUACCUCCUUUUUUAUCACAAACAAAUUCUAGAGUAUGAUUGAGUAAGUUGUAUGUCAAAACCACUGGAUAUGAAAAACUUCAACCUCUGUAAUCUCAGCUGACUUCUGAAAGUCUUCAUUGCCAUCCUGCUAACUUGGAGUGGAAUGCAGGGAAUGCAUUUCAUUAUCCUGGCAACCAUGAACAGAUCCCGGCCAGUCUGCAAGUUGUGAAUACAAAUCUAAGAUUGUCAUAUAUGGAAUGUCGCCCCAUAGGAAAAAGAAAUGCAGUAGGGCUGUACAUUGAAGGCAUCAUAGAUCCUGAAGAGGAAAUUACUGCACUGAGGACUGAGCUGAAUAGGUGAUGGAGAUUUCAGAACGCACUUUGUAUUUGCCUCUUUCCCAGUUUGUACUUUACUUGCAGAGAGAGAGACCAAAGGCUCUAGCUUUUGAAGAUAAUCAGGGUGACAGAGUGUUUACUUUUUACUUUGUAACUGAGGAAUUUUCACCGGUGUGGUGAUGAUUUCUUUCUUGAUUUACGUCUUCCAUGACUUAACAGAAGGUGUAGGGGUGUAAAUUGGAUCUAGUCCUUGGUAUAUAAAUAUUCCAUUAUGGUUCUGGAAUGUAAAUGCAAAAGGUUAUCAGGUAUUUCAUGCUUUGUCAGGUGAUAGUAAUAACUUAUUUUCAUCACAUUGAAAGUAAGGGUUAGAAUGGUGUUGACAGUAGGUAAGAUGAUCUCUCUAGGAUUAUCCACUGUUGCUUAAGUUAUGUACCAUCAGUACAUAUCUCAUUUGCAGUAGUGUUGGUAUGUUGAUCUAUAUAUCAGUUUUAGGCAUAACAGUUCAAUAAUGCUGUUUAGCUUGGUUGGGUAACUUAGUGGGAUAAGGACACUUAGCAUCCCAUUUGGGUUAAAGGAUCAGGAGCUAUUGAAAAGUUAUUCUUGGUGUGGUGAAAAAGUGUUAUUAGUUUGACUGCUAAAUUUACUAUUUUCAUGAAGACACUUCAUAAAUUCAAACUUUAAUAAUAAAAAAAAAAAUCUGCUGACAUUUGUUUGUAUAAACCAUUGAAUAACUUUUGGUUUUGCCUCUGAUGGUAAAAGUUUCAUUGCACACAUCAAACAGUAUUAUGGGCAUUUUGUGUGUACAGUUUAUUUGUCAUGUCCAUGUCAAAAGUAUACAUGUUCUUAAUAAUUGUGUUGAAAGACUACUUUAAACUACAGGUAUUAAAUGCCAAAGUAUGAGAAUUUGAGGCCAUAUCACACUGCUGUAUUUUUUUCCAAUCUUAUGUACAACUUAAAAUGUCAUACAAAGGAAUAUCUUUAAUAAUAUUAAGGAUAAUAACUAAUAUAUGUAGCAUGUUUAAAUAUGAUCAGUAUAGUUCAAUUUAGUUGCACAUAAGGUUAAUAGUAAAUAUGGCCUUGCAAUAUGACCCUUAGAAUGUCUUGUCACAGCAAGGUGCUCUAGCAGUGGCCUCCAUGGUUGCAUGUAAAGCGUUCAAAGGCAUUAACAUUGUCCCACCCCCUUGAGGCCAUAAGUGAAGUACUGUUUGCAGUUGUAAGAGAUCAUUCAUGCGUAAAUGUCGGAAAUAAUAAUUUCUGUUACCAGUGAUUUGGAAGUCUGACACAGUUAUGUAAUGUUGCAAAUAUUGCGGUGAAGUAACUAUGCAGGUACAUUAAAGUCGGUCAAUUGUAUUUAGUUAUAUUUUGCCGAUGAUGAACCCUGCAAUGUAUCUAAGGGAACCUGCCGGCAUCAUUGCGUGCAAUCCUCUAGAAUUGUAAGUAGGCUUUUGUACUCUUUUUUGUAACUGCCUAUGGUUAGAUAAUUAUUUUUUUCUAAUUGAAACAUUUUUGCACAGAACAGAUUUCAGACUGUUAGGUGCUUUGUCACACAAUUAUGUCUUAAGUGUGUCAAUCAAAUACAGUAAGUCAUGGUAAUUGUAUUAUGCCUGGAGUGUAUGGAUGUAGUUAUUCACUUGAAAGUAUGGUAAUUCAUCUAAAUAUCAUCCCCAUUCUUAACCUCAUCAUCAAUACAUUUUAAGAAUAUUGACUAGAAUGAUGUGUGUGAAUGAAAUUAAAACCACUGUAUGGAAGGAGAUGCAAUAAGGGAUUUAUUACAUUAUAAAUUUAAAGGUUAGUGGAAUCCCAUAUUUGGCAAGUGACAAAUCAGUAGGGCUUGGGUUUAAAUAAUUUAGAUUAUGACCCCUUUCAUAAUCUUUGUAUAAAAGCUCAUUAUCUGUUUCUUAUAAACAUGCAUGAGUUGAAUACACUUUGUAAUUUUUCUAAAAAAAUUUAAAUUUUUUAUGCAACUUCUGUUAAGUAACUAAUAAAAAAAAUCAAAUUCUUGCUGCAUUUCACUGUGCAGUUAUCAAGUAAUAGUAAUCAUGAAGAUAAAAAUUCUGUAGUUCAAGGAACAUGUCUUUAUUGUAAAUUUUAUAUGUAUGGAGUUAAAGUUGGCAACACCUUAUUAUGCAAUCUCACACUGUAGAAUGCAGUCUUUUCCCAGGAAAUAUAUUUUGCAUUGGUCCUUGGCACAUAAUUCAAUAACUGUUUUUAGCGAGUAGAAUUCAGACAACUCAAUUCAGAUAAUGAGAAUGUACAUUUCAAGAGCUGCAGAUUACGAUAAUUUCCUGUUGAUCUUUAAUAUUGGUAAUAUUCUUAAUGUUUCAUAAGACUUCAGUUUUGAAAUGUUGAUGUAUGCAACAAUUAAUUUUGUGCUAGUUCAGCUGUGAUGAAAGCAUGUUGCAGUGAAGCAAUUUGGGUAUGUAUUUGAUACUGUAAAUUGUUCAACUCUUUUAGUUUUAGUUAAUGUCUAUUAGAGGAUUUUAAAACUCCCAGACUAUUCAGAAUCAAAUAACUAUUUUUAAAAUGUAUAAAACAUUGUAACUUAGAAGUCUUUGAUAUUUAUAGUCCAUUUUCCAUUUAAAUUUACUCUUUGGUUAAAGAUAUAGAUUUUUGGAAUAUCUUGCAUAAAUUGAAUUAAUUUGUUUUUCAUUUAACAUGGAUGUAAAUGCCAGAACAAAAUGACUAGUGUAAAAUGUGCAGUAUUUAUAUGUUUAUACUGGACAGAGGAAAUGAAGUAUUGUUAUUAAUAGUGAUUAUAGUAAUUAAUAGUAAACUUAAUAUUGAAUCAUUAGAUAUUAAAGUUCAGCAGUAUUUCAUACAUGUUUUAAGAAUAUUAGAUUUUUGGCUUCUGCUACAAGUGCAUUUUGUUCAUGCAUUUCUUCAGAAGUAUAAUUGUGCCAGCUUGCUAAAAUAAGCCCGAAGAAAAUGACCCUUAGCAGGAUUUACAUAUCAUUUUAAUAAAUAACGAAGUCAUAUUGUGCACUGCAUGCCAGUAUUCUUUACCAGGAGAUAGGGAGGGGGCCGAGUAUGGAUAAUUAAUUUUUGUCAAGUUGUGACUGUGGAUGAAUCUUGAUUAUAUGCUUGUGUGCAAUAAAUGGUAAUGUAUAAAAGUAUUCUAUUCUAGACACAGAUUCUCUAAAGAUUCAUAUUGCUCUUUUCCACCCUCUUAAACAGAAUUAUGGAUAUUUCUGCAUUUUCGACACCAUUUUGCCAAGCAUAACUGGAUUUAUUGCGAGUGAUUUUGACCCACUUCAAAUCCAGAGUAA